AUGGUGGCAUUAGACAAGAUGAAGAUUAGCUUCUUUAUUCUUGCCGUCCUCUCAUUUCUGAGCUUUACUGCUGCUAGACCUCGCGACUAUGUCCGUCACGUUGCAAAACGCGUUCUUGUAACUGAUGUUACUGUUAUUGAGGUUCCUGAGGUUAUAAUCUGGGUCGAUAAUACUGGCAGCACUGUCACUGUUGAAACCAAGGGACACAUUAUUACGCAUAAGCCGGCUCAACAUAUGUUAGACAAGAAUACUGCUACCACUACCUUGUCUCACGAUACUCCUACUACUACUAUAGUCCCUCCAACGGUCACUGAUUUACCCCCUCCUAUCUCUAAGCUGGUUCCAGAACCAAAGCCCACCACUGAGGUCAAACCUACUGAAGUCAAGCCUACUGAAGUCAAACCUACAGAAAUCAAGCCGACCGAAAUCAAGCCUACUAAAGUUAAGCCUACUGAAGUCAAGCCUACGGAAGCCAAACCUACGGAAGCCAAACCUAUUGAAGCUAAACCUACCGAAAUCAAACCUACUGAAGUCAAGCCUACUUAUGAGCCCAAGCCAACUACCAGCAAGACCCCAGUUUCAGUCCUCCCAAUUACGUCCGAGACAACCCAUGAAUUACCUGCCCCUACCACUUUACCAUCACCUCCAAAUGGUCCAGCUGAAAAGUGGUUUUCCGGAAACGGAUUCGGAAUUUGCUAUGCUCCUUAUAAUGCGGAUGGAAAAUGCAAGUCCCAGGAUCAGGUUUACGCAGACUUUGCGAAACUACAUGACUAUGGCAUUGUUAGAUCCUAUGGUGUUGACUGUGACCAAAUCGAGACGAUGAUCAAUGCUGCAAAACGAUACAACAAGAAAGUAUUGCUUGGGCUUUUCACUAUCCAAGAUGUUGGCCCAGAGCUGAACACAUUUAUAGCUGCUGCAAAGGACAACUGGUCGCAUAUAUAUGCUGUAGCCAUUGGAAAUGAAGUGGUCAAUACCGGAAAAGCCUCAGCUCAUGAUCUUACCAACGCCGUCAAAUUUGCUCGUGAAAUUCUCCGCUCCAAAGGAUAUACUGGCCCAGUUGUUGCAGUCGAUACCGUUAAUGCUAUGAUAGCCCACCCUGAGAUCUGCGAAGCUUCUGAUUUCUGUGCUGUCAACAUUCACCCCUUUUUUGACCCUCAUACCUCUGCCGCUGAAGCUGGCGAGUUCGUUAGAGACCAAGCUAAGGCGGUUUCUAAUGCUGUUCACGGAUCCAAGAGAGUUAUUGUUACUGAAACUGGCUGGCCUCACGGUGGUAACCAUAAUGGGGAAGCCAUUCCUACGCGAGAGAAUCAGCACACUGCCAUGGAGAGUUUAAUGCAAGCCUACAAGGGGACGAACGGAGAAUUGUUCUUGUUCUCUGCCUUUGAUGACCCAUGGAAGCAGGAUGGAUCGAAUACAUUCGGUGCAGAGAAAUUCUGGGGUAUCCAGUGA